AAAAACACAUCUCCAUAUAACUCACUUUAGGGUCGCUCCGAGAUCAUAAAUUUGGCUUUAACAAAUCAAACCCCUUAAUUACCUUCAACACCAGGCUCUAGAUUGACUCCAGUUUUUAAGCUCACCUCAAUCUGUAAAUAUUAUUUAUAUCUUCUGUAUUUGAUCUUCAAUUCAUUGACAGGCCAGGCCGGCAAGCUAAGUCCUCAGGUCUCGAUCAGCUCAUAGGAUGGGAUCAAUUAUGGACGACAAAAUUAUUGACGAUGUUAUGCUGCCUGGUUUUCGUUUUCACCCUACUGAUGAGGAGCUGGUUGGAUUCUAUCUCAAAAGAAAGAUUCAACAAAGACCUCUUCCCAUUGAGCUCAUUAAGCAAGUCGAUAUUUACAAAUACGAUCCAUGGGACCUCCCUAAGCUGGCUACAACUGGGGAGAAGGAGUGGUAUUUCUACUGCCCUCGGGACCGGAAAUACAGAAACAGUGCCCGGCCCAACCGUGUCACCGGAGCUGGUUUUUGGAAAGCUACUGGAACUGAUAGGCCAAUUUACUCUUCAGAAGGUACCAAAUGCAUUGGUUUGAAGAAGUCUUUAGUGUUCUACAGGGGUAGAGCCGCUAAGGGCCUAAAGACUGAUUGGAUGAUGCACGAGUUUCGCCUUCCUACAACCCCCGCCCCACCACCACCACCAACAAACAAGUUCUCGGGGCAUAACAACUUUCCACCCAACGAUUCUUGGGCAAUCUGCAGGAUUUUCAAAAAAACCAGUUCCAUGGCGAAUAGAGCUAAUUUUGCGCAUCCAUGGGUGAAUAACAUACUAUCUGAAGCUCCUCCUCCAGAGGCAUUAUUCAAUCAGUUUGGUUCAGAAAACAUUAUGUCUUCUUCCUCUUCCAUUACACCUCUCCAGCUAUCCACUAACAAUGAGUUACAGCAUUUCUCUGCUCCUCCUCUCAACAAUAUUAUUCCCACUUAUAAGCCAUCAUCAUCAUCUCUUUUCUCAAAUCAUCAUAGUCCUAGUAGUCCUAGUUCUACUCCUAGCCCUGAGCUUCCCAGCUGCAGCAACUUCAUGGCUCCAUCAUCAUCAUCAUCAUUAUCUCAGGCGGCUUCGGUGCUUUUCGACGUCACACCACCUACCUUAUUCUCUCCUCUCAAUAACACUGCUACUUCAGAUCACUUUGAGCAAUCUCAACACAUUGAAGAUGAUGAUGAGGUAGUGGGAUUAGGGAAUAUCAGAGCAAUGGGCUUUCCUUUCAGCUUGGCAUCUGAACCAUGGAAGCAGUCUAGUUUUUCCUGGGAUUCUCCUACCUACUGACAUAUAUAUACAUAGUUUUGCUUUAAUUUCUAGCUUAAUUUGUCUAUACAUACAUACUCUUAGAACCCGCCCUGUAUGUACUGCAAAUCUGGCCUUUUCUAUUCAUAUCUAUUGUACAGUUUUAUAUUACUCCUUUGUUUGCAUCCAAUCCAUAUAUGAAUUGAAUGAAU